AUGGCGGCCUCCAGUGGUUCCAAACCAGACCACGGACUUAACCAACGUCUCUACGAUGCCUUGAAAAAUCAAAACGCCAAAGAAGUGAUCCAGCUCUGCCAGAAAGCUCCGGAUGGUCCAUUGCACAUAACGAGUAUACACAAGGACACUGUUCUUCAUCUAGCCUGCUACUCCAAACAACGUGAUCUUGCCCUUCAAUUGGUUAGAUUGUUGCCCAACAAUCUUAACCAGCCCCUGACUGAAGUUAAAAACGAUGUUGGAAACACGAUACUCCACGAAGUAGCCACCGCCAACCGGAUGGCGGAUGUGGCCAUGGUAAUGUUGGCAAAAGAACCCAUGUUGCUGAGUGCUCGUAAUAUCUUGGGAGAGACGCCGCUCUUUCGAGCAGUCCGGUUCGGGAAAAUUCAUAUGUUCAAGCUUCUAGCGGACGAAGUUGAUAAAGACAAUGAUCAGGAGCGUGAUAAAGAGCAUUUCCAAAGUAGGGAUAAGACAUCUAUUCUUCAUAUUGCUAUUAUUACUGAACAUUUUGGUUAG